AUGUCCGACCUACAUAAGCUGCUGAAUCGAAAGCGGCCUGGGUCAUGGCAAAAGUUCUGUACCAAACCUUGCAUAUUCCUGGCGCGACACCUUUACACUUGGCGGCAAUACAUUCCAGCCGCGCCAAUCAAAGAUCCUGUUUCGAUCGUCUGUAUCUCCGAUACUCACAAUAUCCAAGUUCAUCUCCCCGAUGGAGACAUUCUGAUCCAUGCUGGAGACCUCACGCAAUCUGGAUCCUUCAAGGAAAUUCAGGAAGCACUAAGUUGGUUACGUUCACAACCUCAUCACACCAAAAUAAUUAUUGCUGGAAAUCAUGACCGGUUACUGGACAAAAAAUGUGAUGAUUCGUCCGGCCAAGCAACUUCUGAAAGAGCCCGACUUGAGUGGGGUGAUCUUAUAUACCUUGAAAAUGAGCAACGAGAAGUUGUCUGUGCCAACGGCCGUCGCCUGAAUGUAUUUGGAAGCCCCUAUUCUGCUCGCCAUGGUAAUUGGGCGUUCCAAUAUCCCAAAGGUGAAGAUGUAUGGGUUGACUCGGUACCUGAAGGAAUUGAUGUGCUCAUUACGCAUACUCCACCAAAUGCGCACCUUGACUUACUCAAACUCGGAUGUGUUCAACUAUUAAAGUCACUAUGGAGAGUUCAGCCACGACUGCAUGUAUUUGGGCAUAUACAUGAGGGUGCUGGUAUAGAAUGGAUUUCAUUCGAUAAGCUUCAGCUCGCAUAUGAGCGUACUGUUGCUACUGGAGGAGGCGUUAAAAAUCUUCUCUGGACGAUAUGGGAAUUCGGAAUGGCCUGGUUUUCCCCGGUUGGAGAGUCAAAGUGUUUACUUAUUAACUCGUCAAUUAUUGGCGGAUUGCGGGAUAAUGAACGAAGAGAGCCGGUGAUAGUCGUUAUCUAA